AUGUCCGCCUCACUGAGUGAAGACAGGAAUGAGUGGCCACUGGGCAUUCAGAGCGAAGACAACCUCCAGCGUGGACGGCAACCAGAUCUGCCGUAUCCUCUUAGGAGAACCAAGUCAUCAAACUUGCCUGAUGCAGCAUUGCCUGGUUCGCAGACAGAGGGAAUGCCUCCAGCCACCCUACCAGCUUAUGAUCAAGUAACGCAUCCUCAGAUGGGCAGUGUGUCUCCUACUCGGCGGCACCCAUGGGACAAAGAUUCAACCAACUCGAUAGUCUCUUCCCGCGCUGCAGUUGAGCUUCCCGAAGCUUCCUGCGACCCAUCUCGCUCGCGCUCAGAAGUGUCGCAAACUGAGCAGCAUGGGCGGCCGCGGGACCCAGGAGACUCGAGAUCUAAAGCAGUCCGUUUCAACACUCACGAGACCAUGGCUGAGCCCACAAGAAGAUCUUCCACAGUGUCAGAAUUUUCUGGCUUCGAGUCACAUCCCGCCGUCCGCCCACUCGAGAUGAGCCGCGGCCUGAUUAAUGCUGCAGGUCUGGCAGUAGCAGACGAUCCGAGCCAGUAUCCAAAGCCCCUUGCCCUGGCUUCCAUUGUGCUGGGGAUAUGCCUUUCGGUGUUCAUAAUAUCCUUGGACAGGAAUAUCAUUACCACUGCAAUUCCAGACAUAACCGCCAGAUUCCAUUCUUAUGAUGACAUUGGUUGGUAUGGAAGUGCAUAUCUCCUCACCGCGUCUGCAUUCCAGCCACUUUACGGCAGGAUUUACAUGUCGUUCGAGACUAAGUCCUCCUUUUUGGCCGCACUGGCAGUAUUCGAAGCUGGCAGCCUCGUCGCAGCUCUGUGCCCUUCUUCCGAGAUCUUGAUUCUCGGCCGUGCCAUCCAAGGCUUUGGUAGUGCGGGAUUACUGACAGGGGCUUUCAUGGUUGGGACUCAUUCCGUAAUGCUGCAAUAUCGACCCCUUCUGUUUGCUGCCGUAGGCAUCUUGUACGGUGUUGGCGCACUGUGUGGCCCGUUGUUGGGAGGGGCCUUCACUGACACGAUAGGAUGGCGGUGGUGUUUCUGGAUCAAUCUUCCUAUUGGGGCGGUGACUUUUGUGGCAGUUUUCCUAUGCUUCAAGAGCCGAAGUCCAACAAGCACGUCCUCCCGCCCUUCACUUGGACAGCGUCUGCUUCGGCUUGAUAUUAUCGGCAAUACUAUCUUGCUAGGGGCAACCACUAUGCUGUUCUUGGCUUUGCAAUUCUCAGAGCAGCAGUAUUCAUGGUCAAGCGCACGUUGCAUUGGACUGUUGUGCGGAUUUGGAGUGACAAUCCUCAUCUUUAUCGCAUGGAUGCUCUACCGCGGCGACGAAGCAUUAAUUCCUCCGCGCAUCGCACGCCAGAGGACCGUCGCUGCCAGCUGCGGCACGGCUUUUAUGAUCUAUGGUGCUCUGCUCGUUCAUUCCUAUUACCUGCCUAUGUGGUUUCAAGCGAUCAAAGGGACGUCAGCUAUCCAUUCAGGAGUGAACAUGAUCCCUUAUAUGGUUGCAAACGCGGUUUUCGCCCUCCUGGCGGGGAUAUUCGUCUCGAAGAACGGCCUAUUUGCUCCACCGGCCAUCCUGGGCUGUGCAAUUGGCACGAUCGGGUCCGGUCUUUUGGCCACCCUGGACGAAUCGACGCCUGCUUCUCGCUGGAUAGGGUUUGAAUUUCUUAUAUCCGCCGGGCUCGGUAUGGCCAUCCAGCAGGGAUUUAGCGCUGUCCAGGCUAUUCUACCUAUCGAAGAGGUUCCCAUUGGUACUGCGGCGGUGGUGGCAUCUCAGUCACUCGGCGGUGCCAUUUUUGUCUCGGUGGGCAACACAUUGCUGCAGAAUCACCUUUUCAGCGAGAACGAUGCCGGCAGACUCCCAGGGGUCAACAUCCGUGCUGUUAUUGAACUAGGAGCAACCCGAUUCAGGGACGUCGUUCCCGCUCAGGACCUCCCGGCCUUGAUCAAGCUGUACAACAACUCUCUUCAGGCAGUAUUCAUUGCGGCGGUGCCACUAUGUGGUGUAGCAUUCCUUUGCAGUUUGUGCAUGGAAUGGAAAAGCUUGAGGCCGAGGUCAUCACAACAAGGAGGGCAAGAAAGUGGUGAAAAGGUCUAG